AUGAUCUGUGCGAAACCGGUAUCCUGCAAGAAGUGCAACAAAGAAAUACUACCUGGUACCGCGUUCUACGAUGUUGACCACGCUCCGAAGUGCACGGACUGCUGCAUAGCAGACGGUACGAAGCUUUCUCCAGUGACUGCUCAGAAAGGGGUGACCUGUCAAAAGUGUAACAAAGAAAUACCCGUUGGAGCACCGUUCUACGAAGUGGAGCAGGAGCCCAAGUGCUUGGACUGUUGCAUUGCUGAUGGCGCUAAACCUUCCCCAGUGACGGAAUCGAAACCGGUUUGUGCAACAUUUGGUUUUCUCAAU